CCUUUUCCUCUUCCUUCCUUUCUUCCCCUCUCCCUCCGCCGAACCCUCCUUCCACCCCACCCCACCCCCACCCAUGAGCGCCCGCCACCUCCAACGAAUCCUCCUCUCGUAGCCGUCCUCGCCCCCCUCCGCGCCGCCCCGCUGGACCUGGCGUGGAGCGGAGAUCCAUCCAUCCACCCGGACUCGGAUUGAUUCCUUCCCUCCUCCCUCCCGUCUGUCACAGGCUCUUGUGUGGAAAGGAAGGCAGGCAGAGCAGGCUGUGAUCAAGGCAGCGAUGGCGCCGUCUCCGGCCGGAGCUGCUGGCCCCACCUUUGAGGACCUUGAGCGUGACCUACAGGCUGUGCUGAUGGACCAGAACCAUGGCUCCUCUGCUGAGGAGCUCAACAUGUACCGCAGCGGCAGCGCUCCCCCUACUGUUCAGGGCGCCCGUGCUGCCGUUGGUACGCUCUUCUCUGCUGCGCCCCCAGCUCAUGUUGACAGAUAUGGCGGGGGCAGCAGCAGCGGUGGUGUCGGUGACAUGCUAUCUGAGGAGGAGAUACUCUCUCACCCAGCAUACUUGCAGUACUACUACAGCAAUGAGCACCUCAAUCCGAGGCUGCCGGCACCGAUGGUGUCGAAGGAGGACUGGCGUACAGCACAGAGAUUUCAGGCUGUUUCUGGCGGCAUUGGGGAUAGAAGGAGGAGGCCCUCGGAGGUGGCGAGUGGAGGUUCUCUGUUCUCUGUGCAGCCAGGAGCACAUGAAGGUAAUGGUAUGGAGUUUCUUGUGAAUGAUGGAAUGAGCAGAGGUGAAAGGAAUGGGCUCGCACGUCAGCAAUCAUCUGAGUGGCUUGGGCAAGGCACUGAUGGGCUCAUUGGGUUGUCUGAUGUAAAUGGACUUGGAUCCCGUCGCAAGAGCUUUGCGGAUGCCUUGCAGGAAAAUAUGAGCAGUCCUGCUGCUAAAGCUGGUCAUCUUUCACGCUCUAAUAGCCGGAAUGCUUUUGAGGGCCCAAACCCAACUAGAUCAUCUGGUUCAUCAAAAGCACAACUGCAGAGUAGGUCUGAAUCCAUUAAUGGCUUUCGAUCUGGUGCCACUUCACCUAGUCUUGUGAGGGUCCAAAGUUUAGGUUCUUCAAUGUCCCAGACAUUUGCUUCUGCAGUAGGCUCCUCGAUCUCAAGAAGCACCACCCCUGACCCUCAGUUGAUUCAGAGGGCUCCAAGCCCAUGCCUUCCUCCAGUUGGAGUUAGGAUGGCAAAAGCUGAUAAGAAGGUUGAAGGCGCAGGUGUUGCUUCUCAUCAUAAUCAUGAUGGUUCUGAUACUGCAACAGUUCUAUCUGCUAUGUCCAACUUAAACCUCUCUGGGAACAACAAGAUGGCCAAUUUAGAAACUGAAGUGCAAAAUCACAUUUACCAGAACUUUGGUGAUCAAAGAGACGUGCUGUUUAAUGUUCCAAAUGAACAUAUACAAUUUCCUCAGCAGAAAUUAGUUCAAAGUGCUGAUGUAGAGUCACUAAACACCCCAGAAUAUGCAGUGUUUCCAAAUGGUAGCAGUAACUUCAGUAAUUCAAAUAUGAAUAAACUGGCAGCUGAAAGUAAGAGCAAGUUUCCUACACAAUCAAAUCAUGGCAAUGCCCACAAGAAGGGAUCUUUUCUGAGCCCAACUGGUUCUGCGUAUCUAUACCAGAACCUGAAUGGUAAUAGCUCAAACGUUGAUGUGUCUGGACGACAUCCAAAGGCCAGUGCACGAAAUUCUGGUUCAUCCAUGCUGAACAAUCACCUGAAUACUGAUGAUGAAUAUGUCAACCUUCAUUCAAAUCAAGGGGGGCCUGGUUUUCAGGGCCAACCAAUGGACACAGUGUAUGCGCAUUACUUGCAGGCGAACUCUGACUCUCCCCUUGGUGCAGCUGCAAACAUGAGUCCUUUCCGUGGGAGUAACUUUCCUGGUUCAGGCCACCUGGGUGGUCCUGGAUUUUCAAAAGCUUAUCUUGGAUCGUUGCUUGCUCAGCAGAAGCUACAGUAUGGUAUGCCAUACUUGGGCAAAUCUGGUGGUCUUAGCCCAACUCUUUAUGGCAGUGAACCAGCAUAUGGCAUGGAAAUGGCAUAUUUAUCAAGUCCAACAUCUAGCCCUUUUAUCUCAUCUCCUCAGGGCCAUGUCAGGCAAGGAGAUAGGCUAACGCGUAUUCCAUCCAUGGCAAGGAGCACCACUGGAGGAACUGUGGGAUCAUGGAGUUCAGAAAAUGGUCUAAUAGAUAAUGGUUAUGGGUCUUCUCUGCUGGAGGAAUUCAAGACCAAUAAGACCAGAUCUUUUGAGCUACUAGAUAUUGUUGGUCAUGUGGUUGAGUUCAGCUCGGAUCAGUACGGAAGUCGAUUUAUACAGCAGAAACUUGAAACAGCUUCUACUGAAGAGAAAAACACCAUUUUUCCAGAAAUCCUUCCCCAAGCACGAACAUUGAUGACUGAUGUUUUUGGAAAUUAUGUUAUACAGAAGUUCUUCGAAUACGGGACUGAAGCACAAAAGAAGCAACUGGCAAGCCUACUGAAGGGUUAUGUAUUACAGCUGAGUCUUCAAAUGUAUGGUUGCCGGGUGAUUCAGAAGGCUUUAGAAGUGGUUGGUGUGGAACAUCAAACACAAAUGGCUUUGGAGCUAGAUGGAAGUAUCAUGAAAUGUGUUCGUGAUCAGAAUGGCAAUCAUGUUAUCCAAAAGUGCAUAGAAUGCAUCCCUCAAGAAAGGAUACAGUUUAUUAUUUCUGCUUUUUAUGGACAUGUGGUUGACCUUUCCACCCAUCCAUAUGGUUGCCGUGUUAUUCAGAGAGUCUUGGAGCACUGUGAUGAUGAAAGCACACAAAAUGCCAUGAUGGAAGAGAUCAUGCAGUCUGUGGUUCCUUUGACACAAGACCAGUAUGGCAAUUAUGUUAUCCAGCAUGUCUUGCAAUACGGGAAACCAGAAGAACGUACUUCUAUAAUUACACAACUUGCCGGACAGAUCGUGAAGAUGAGCCAACAGAAGUUUGCCUCCAAUGUUGUUGAGAAAUGCCUUUCCUUUGGUUCUCAUGAGGAACGUCAGAUUCUAAUUAAUGAAAUGCUUGGCACUACUGAUGAGAAUGAGCCAUUGCAGGCAAUGAUGAAAGACCAGUUUGCUAACUAUGUAGUGCAAAAGGUUCUGGAGACUUGCGAUGACCACAACCGUGAACUGAUUCUUUCACGUAUCAAGGUUCACCUGAAUGCACUGAAGAGAUACACCUACGGGAAACAUAUAGUUGCCCGGGUUGAGAAACUUAUUGCAGCAGGAGAAAGGCGUAUCGGGGUCUCAUCGUCGUCUUGCAGAGAUUGAAUGGUUAGUUUGACAGAAUAACACCUGUACAGACAGAUAGCGAGGCUAGCCUUACCAGUAGUCUUGUCCAGUGCCAUCGGAGAAGUUAAAGCUUGCGAAGAAGCCUUUGAUGUAAAUAAAGGAGGGGGCCUCUGGGAAUAAAAAGAAGAGAUUUUGCUUGUUCUAAAGGAGAGAAGUUGUAUAUUUGUACCGUUUUUUCCCUCUUCAAGUAAGAUAUAAAGGCAAAGCAUGGAAGCAAUUAGCUGAAAUAUUUAGGGUAGAUGAUGGGAAGCAAGGACACCUGUAGAUCCUUUUGCCUUGGGUUUCAUCAGUGUACAAGGUUCCAUCUCUGUAAAGACUUUUACUUUACUGACGUUUCACAGAAAUUAAAUGCAUGUCUCUGUUCGUCAAA